CCAGGCCUCCGGGUUCCCAGGCGCUCGCCUCCCUCUGACGCACUUUAAAGAGUCUCCCCCCUUCCACCUCAGGGCGAGUAAUAGCGACCAAUCAUCAAGCCAUUUACCAGGCUUCGGAGGAAGCUGUUUAUGUGAUCCCCGCACUAAUUAGGCUCAUGAACUAACAAAUCGUUUGCACUACCAGUGAAGAAGCGAACACUUCCAUGGAUUGUCCUUGGACUUAGGGCGCCCUGCCCGCCUUUUGCAAAGGAGAGAAAACUUUUUUUGGCCUCCCCCGAGAACCCCCCCCUUCCCUGCCUUUAACUCCAAUCUCCCCCCACGCCAUCUCGCUCAAAAAAAUAUUACCCCAAUCCACGCCUGCAAAUUCUUCUGGAAGGAUUUUUCCCCCCUCUCUCCAGGUUGGGCGCGUUUGGUGCAAGAUUCUCGGGAUCUUCGGUUUUGCCUCUCCUCCCCCUCCCCCCUCCUUUCCUUUUUCCUUUCCUUUCUUUCUUCCUUCCUUUCUUUCCUUUCCUUCCCCCCCACCCCCACCCCAAACAAACGAGUCCCCAAUUCUCGUCGGUCCUCGCCGUGGGCAGCGGGCGGCGAAGGCAGCGCGCUGCGGUCGCCGGGAGCAGGGAGCCCUGGGCGCCCGCUCCUCGGCGCAGCAUGUUUCAGCCGGCGCCCAAGCGCUGCUUCACCAUCGAGUCGCUGGUGGCCAAGGACAGUCCCCUGCCUGCCUCGCGUUCUGAGGAUCCCAUCCGUCCCGCGGCGCUCAGCUACGCCAACUCCAGCCCAAUAAAUCCGUUCCUCAACGGCUUCCAUUCGGCUGCUGCAGCCGCCGCCGCGGGCAGGGGCGUCUACUCCAACCCGGACUUGGUGUUCGCCGAGGCGGUCUCGCACCCGCCCAACCCCGCCGUGCCGGUGCACCCGGUGCCGCCGCCGCACGCCCUGGCCGCCCACCCCUUACCCUCCUCGCACUCGCCACACCCCCUCUUCGCCUCGCAGCAGCGGGACCCAUCCACCUUCUAUCCCUGGCUCAUCCACCGCUACCGAUAUCUGGGUCAUCGAUUCCAAGGGAACGACACAAGUCCCGAGAGUUUCCUUUUGCACAACGCUCUGGCCCGAAAGCCGAAGCGGAUCCGAACCGCCUUCUCGCCGUCCCAGCUUUUAAGGCUGGAGCACGCCUUCGAGAAGAAUCAUUACGUGGUGGGAGCGGAAAGGAAGCAGCUGGCGCACAGCCUCAGCCUUACGGAAACUCAGGUAAAAGUAUGGUUUCAGAACCGGAGGACGAAAUUCAAAAGGCAGAAGCUAGAGGAAGAAGGCUCAGAUUCUCAACAGAAGAAAAAAGGGACACACCACAUUAAUCGGUGGAGAAUUGCCACCAAGCAGGCGAGUCCGGAGGAAAUAGAUGUGACCUCAGACGAUUAAAAGUACAAACCUAAUCCCACACCAAUGGACAGCAUGGAGCAAAAGAGACAGGGAGAGGAGGGGAAGAAGGAAAAAAACCCUACAAAACAAAACCAAACUGCACACACAUUCACCAAGAAAGGGAGAAAGGGGAAUCUGAGCAGUGGCUCUCAGCAGACUUUGGACAGCGAGGGCACUGAACCGAGGGCUGCCACUGCGCACGCACCAGGCCAUCAGGCGCAGGCACAAACGAGAUGGCAGAGGACCGAGGCCCCUUCAUCAACGUGCAACCCUCCUCUAAAGAGGCAGCUGAGUGAGUGAGAGAGACAGAGACUGGGAGGGAGAGCACGAGAAAAGGGGGGGGGGGAGAGAGAGAGAGAGAGAGAGAGAGAGAGAGAGAGAGAGAGAGAGAGAGGAGAGAGAGAAUGAUCCCGUCCUCCUUGUGAGGCAAAGGCACAUUCUGACAAGAGAAGCUGUCAGUCAAAUGCCAAACCAGGGAAACAAGAUGAUUGGCAGGUAUUCCGUGUAUCAAAGUCCAUUUAGAAACGACAGUGAUUUUUUAAAAAGGCACAGGACUUUUAAUUUUGCACUUCACAGUGUUUCCCCCAUCUUUAAUUAGAAAUAACACAAAAUUCCAUGUCUAGCCCCAUCCUACACCUGUUUCAAAAACUUGAAUUGCAUGUAGCAGUUGUUGGGCGAAUGGUGUCUAAAAAAAUGAAUUGUAAUUUUAUUUUUCUGUUAAAGACAGGUUCUGUGUAUUUUUAUUUUUUUUCUGAGAACUGUGCAGACUGUAAAAAACACUUUUUUGAUACCUUCUGUUGUCAAAGUGAUUGUGAAAGCUAAAUGAAGUAGGCUCGGAGAUAGUGGUCCUCUUACAGAAGAAUGAGGGAGCAGGAUUGGGAUGGAGGGCGGGGGAGGGUGCCCCUGAGAAGAUCAGGACUUAUGCUGGGGUUAAACAGCAGCAGCAGCAACAAUAACAACAAAAACCUAAGUUAAUUCUAUUUCUUGGAUAUUUCCUUUCCUAACAUUCUGAGACUUAAAGCCACCAAAACCUUUCCUUUCAGUGGUUGGAGAAAUUGACUGCAUCCAUCCAGCCACCCGGUGUGAUGACUGUUCAGAACCUUAAGACUGUCUGUUGCAAACGUGGAAGGAAAGACUGUAGUUAACGGGGUGGUGGUAGUGUGGCCAACAACAUGGGGGUUUUCAAGCACUGAGCUUCUCUUCCAAGACCAUAGACUUACUAAAGAGGGUGACAAAUGCUUCCUUAGUGUCUUCUAUACCAGAAUGUAAAUAUUUUUGUGUUUUGUGUUAAUUUGUUAGAAUUCUAACACACUAUAUACUUCCAAGAAGUAUGUCAAUGUCAAUAUUUUGUCAAUA